AUGUGGUCCCCUCUUCUUGUUGCCCUCGUAGUUCUAGCUGCGUCCGGACAGCGUCUGGUGGACUUCCAAGUUGCACAGCCUCCUCCACUACCCAAUGAUGCCCAGCAAUGCACUGUCCGUAUCCUGGAACGCACGUUCGGCAAUUCAUUCGGAGACCCAGAAAUAGUGGCGUACACUCCUCCCACGGACUGUGGCGAUGUCGGCACCUGGGCAGGCAUCAGUCUGAAUCUCACCGUCACUAGCAACGGGACCCAGUUCGACAGGCUUGGUAUCCUCACCUUUCAGAACGUCGAAAUCUGGCGCACAUCGACACCGGAACCGACAUCUGGAGAUGGUAUUAUCUGGCAGCAUCUGAAGGAUGUCACAAAGUUUCAACCGCUCUUCGCCAAAUCCGGGACGUUCAUAUUCCAACUUGACAAUUUGCUCGAGACAGGGUUAAAUGGCCAAUACGCGACUACCUUGGAUGCGACGUUCUUUGCGUCUUCUGCUGAGCAUCCUCCUGCGCCUCAGGCGGACCUCAUCAUCCCCAUCACAACGCUCGCUAACAAUACCGGCAACGACGCUUCUGUACCUCCUGACUUUUCAUUGAACGUGACUCUGCCUACGAAUGCAGUGGCAGCAUUCGUGGAGAUGCAAGCUUCCGGUAACGGGAAUGAAGAGUUCUGGUACUUCAAUGUCCCGAACGAUUUUAUCGGUCUUCUCCCCAGUGGCACAACAUUCGGAGACGGUCCAUUCAGAGAAGUCCGCUUCUUGGUCGAUGGCAUGAUGGCGGGCGCAGCCUUCCCAUAUCCCGUCGUGUUCACUGGAGGCAUAGUCCCACCUGCUUGGCGGCCCAUCACGUCUUACGGCGCGGUCGACUUGCCACAGUAUCACUUCGACUUAACUCCAUUCAUCCCUGUCCUUACGGAUGGCAAUCCACAUAUGAUCACGCUCGACGUCGUGUCAGCCGAGACAGACCACGCUAUCAACCAGAAUUGGUUUAUUUCGGGUCUUGUUCAAGUUCUGGUUGACUCAACGUCGGAGCCUACGACGGGAAAUAUCACCGUCUACGAAGCGGAUCCCUUCGCGAUCAUUACUGAGUCUGGGAAUCAGUCUGCCAAUGGCGACGUGGUAUUCACCGUCGGCGCGACGCGUAGCAUCCACAUCGAGAGCGAGAUCAUCGGCGGUAGCGGCACCAAAACCAGCGUUAUCUUUGAUCAGAAGCUGUCCUUCAGCAAUACCCAGAUGUAUCUUGACAAUACUGCGAUCCAGAUAGUGAAUCAGACGGCCACCGGCACGAUCUCAUCGACGCACAACGGGAAGACGGCCAUGCACGACGACUUUGCAUUCCCCUUCUUCGUGAACUUUACCAUCACAAACCCAAGCGGGUCAUCAUUCGAGGCGAACUUCGACCACUCAUACAACCGCGACCUUCUCCCGGCCCCGUUCAUACUGGGGACGAAGAUAGCUGAACACCAGCUGGCCGGUGGUGCUUUCCUCGAGACGGCAAACGGCAACAUUGGUUCGAACGGGACGAGCGAGAACACUCUGGACUAUAUCGAUACGCAGGGAAACACAUUCACCCAACGAGUCAACGCCGCUUCGAAUGUGAUCGUGUUGAACGAUCAGGGUGGCAAUCUUGCUCCUAGUCCGUUACCUGCGUCGGCGGUGCCAGUUGCGCACGCUCCUCUUGCACAGGCUACACCGACGCCGGUGGACACCCCGAUCGUAGCUAGACUGCCAGGUGGGAGGGUACUGCAGGGAUGA